CUGAAGCCCACCGACUAGUAGGCGUAUUCGUGAAUUAUGGAGUGGAGGCAAAAAAUUCGUCGGAGCUUGUCUGCUAACAUCGAAAUAGAUGUUGUGUAACUCUUACUUUUGGACUUACUAUCUGUAGCGAAAAAGUGUUGUUGUAAAGUGUUUUGCUAGUUUUAUCGUGUAAAGUGGUUGCGAAAACACAAAUAAUUUACACUGGUCUUGAAGUGGGGUGAAAUAUUUAAGCUCUUCGCAACAUUUUCGACACCAGAGCAUACAACAGCAUACAAGUUCUCGCAACAGCACAGUUUCUCCGUGCCCUGACAUGGAUCGAAAUUUUCCCACCAGUAGACACAGCUUCCGAAACCCAUUCGGUAGGCGGCCAUGGAUGGAGCAGAGUGGUGCAGCUGCCGCGGCUGGAGGCGGCACCGGGCUAAAGGGUAUCGUAGCCGGUGGAAUCACCGGUGGUAUCGAAAUUUGCAUCACAUUCCCGACCGAGUACGUCAAAACGCAGCUCCAGUUAGACGAGAAAGGUGCUACCAAGCAGUACAAUGGGAUUGUGGACUGUGUCAAGAAAACGGUUAAAGACAAAGGUUUCUUUGGUCUGUACCGUGGUUUGAGCGUACUGCUUUACGGAUCCAUACCCAAAUCGGCAGUCAGGUUCGGUGCCUUCGAAACCUUCAAAGGGCAGCUGAUAGAGCCUAACGGUCAGCUAAGUACAUCGGGAAAGCUGCUAGCUGGUCUCGGUGCGGGAGUAGCUGAGGCCAUUCUCGCCGUAACUCCGAUGGAAACUGUGAAGGUGAAAUUCAUCAACGAUCAACGAAGCGCGAAUCCAAAGUUUAAGGGGUUCUUCCACGGUGUUGGUAUGAUUGUACGACAAGAAGGUAUGUCUGGUGUAUACAAGGGACUUACAGCCACUAUCAUGAAGCAAGGAUCGAACCAAGCGAUUCGGUUCUACGUGAUGGAAUCGCUCAAGGAACUUUACAAGGGUGACGAUCAAUCGAAGCCCGUACCAAAGAUGAUGGUCGGUGCGUUUGGUGCCGUAGCAGGAGCAGCUUCCGUAUUUGGAAACACUCCGAUUGAUGUGGUCAAGACGCGCAUGCAGGGUCUGGAGGCAUCCAAAUACAAGAAUACCGUCGAUUGCGCAUUGAAGAUCUGGAAAAACGAAGGCCCGCUCGCAUUCUACAAGGGUACCGUGCCACGACUGAGCCGUGUCUGCUUGGAUGUGGCCAUCACCUUCAUGAUAUAUGACUCGUUUAUGGAACUUUUCAACAAAUUCUGGCGUUAAUCGAAACAGUUUCAAGCUACCACACAUUGCCAAUUAAUGCGCAAAAUCUUGUCAUGACACGAAAACGUCACACAUGCUUCUCAUCAACAACAAAUUAUGAUAAGACUUGAAAAUGUACGCGCAUCUCAACUAUUGUUGUCAGGGUACUAUUAGGAACAUAGGAAAACCUCCAUCAAUCCAGGACGCAAAGUCUACGGACAGGCAUUUUUAGUAGAAAUAGUUUCAAUCUACUCGUAAUAAGCGACAUCUAUCACAAACCGUAGGGUAUGCAUAUGAAACCAAGCAAAAAAUACUAACGGUUGUCCGUUGAUCGGAAUGAACGUAGUUUGUUGAAGCUCAACAGAAAAGCACCGCGUUAAAAUGUAAUUUGUUAAGUGCACAAACCUCAACAUAGAGAGAACACCUUGCGGCUACGAGAACUUAGGAAUGAGCCUAGCUACGAUUCCGAUUCAUAACAUUACCAAUUUGCUUUCUGCAGUGCAUGCUUCCGUAUUUUUUAUCUUUCCGUUGCCUAACAACCAGCCAUUCCAUAUUUACCGUACUUAGGCUAUUGAUUCGAAUCAAAAGUGCACCCGAACAAAAGAGGUGCACUGAAAACUUUAACUCGUACAUUCUUGACAUGCAUGCUUAUUUUACAAUGUUACAAUUUAUGAUUUUAUUUACUGUGUUGUGCUAUAAUAUAGCAAUGUUUUACGAUAUCUGUUUUUUGACAACAAUUGGAGAAAACUGAAAAGAGUCAUGCCUAUUUAUUGUUCGAUGUGUAAUAUAUUAUAAUAA